CCGUGGCGGGGCGGCCCCCACGGUGCCCGGCGAGGGGGGACCCGGGCGGUUCGCAGAGACGGCGGCAGUGGAAGCCACGAGGGCAGCAGCAACAGCAGCAGUGACAGCAGCUCCAGCCAAAGCAGCGGAAUUUGAAGCAACAGCAGUGACAGCAGCAGCAUUUGUUUGAACCAGCAGCAGUAUCUGAAGCGGCAGCAGUUGACAGUGGCAGCAGCAGUCGGACACCAGCAGCAGUGACAGCAGCGGUAGAAGCAUCCUCCUCCUCCGCAGCAGCAGGAGAAAUCUGAGCAGUAGAAAAUCGGCAGCGGGCAGCAACACAAGCUUCAGUACCAACAGCAGCAACAGAAGCCGCCACCAUGUUCAGCUGGUCCAAUAAGGACGCGACGGACGGCAAGAACCCGGAGAUGUUCCAGACGGUGUCGGGCGGCCUCAAGAAGCUGUACCGCACCCGGCUGCUGCCUCUGGAGGAGCACUACUCCUUCCACUCGUUCCACUCGCCCGCGCUGGAGGAUGCGGACUUCGACAACAAGCCCAUGGUGCUGCUGGUCGGGCAGUACUCGACGGGCAAGACCACCUUCAUCCGCUACCUGCUCGAGCAGGACUUCCCCGGCAUCCGCAUCGGGCCCGAGCCCACCACGGACUCGUUCAUCGCCGUGAUGCACGGCGACACGGAGGGCACCAUCCCGGGCAACGCGCUGGUGGUGGACCCCAAGAAGCCCUUUCGAAAGCUCAACGCGUUCGGGAACUCGUUUCUCAACAGGUUCAUGUGCGCUCAGCUGCCCAACCCCGUUCUGGAGAGCAUCAGCAUCAUCGACACGCCGGGCAUCCUGUCUGGAGAGAAGCAGCGCAUCAGCCGAGGCUACGACUUCACGGCGGUGCUCACGUGGUUCGCCGAGCGCGUGGACCGCAUCAUCCUGCUGUUCGACGCGCACAAGCUCGACAUCUCGGACGAGUUCUCCGAGGUCAUCCGCGCGCUCAAGGGCCACGACGACAAGAUCCGCGUGGUGCUCAACAAGGCCGACCAGGUGGAGACGCAGCAGCUGAUGCGCGUUUACGGCGCGCUCAUGUGGUCGCUGGGCAAGGUAAUCAACACCCCUGAGGUGGUGCGCGUCUACAUGGGCUCCUUCUGGUCCAACCCGCUGCUCAUUCCCGACAACCGCCGCCUCUUCGAGAUGGAGGAGCAGGACCUCUUCAAGGACAUCCAGACACUGCCACGCAACGCCGCGCUGCGCAAGCUCAACGACCUCAUCAAGAGGACGCGUCUCGCGAAGGUGCACGCGUACAUAAUCAGCCACCUGCGCAAGGAGAUGCCAGCCGUGUUCGGGAAAGACGCAAAGAAGAAGGAACUGAUCGCCAACCUGGGCGAGAUCUUCACGCGCAUCGAGCGUGAGCACCAGAUCUCUGCCGGAGACUUCCCCAACCUCAAGAAGAUGCAGGAGCAGCUGCAGGACCAGGACUUCACCAAGUUCCACACCCUCAAGCCGAAGCUGUUCGAGAAGGUGGACGAGAUGCUGAGCCACGACAUCGCGCGGCUCAUGGGCCUCGUGCGGCAGGAGGAGGCGCGUGUCCCUUCGCAGGCGGUGCGUGGCGGCGCCUUCGAGGGCACAGAGAAUGGCCCGUUCGGUCGCGGCUAUGGCGAGGGCGCGGGCGAGGGUGCCGACGAGGCCGACUGGGUCGUGAGCAAGGACAAGCCGGCCUACGACGAGAUCUUCUACACGCUGUCGCCGAUCGACGGCAAGAUCAGCGGCGCCAGUGCCAAGAGGGAGAUGGUGAAGUCGAAGCUGCCCAACACGGUGCUCGGCCGCAUCUGGAAGCUGGCGGACGUGGACAAGGACGGCAUGCUGGACGACGACGAGUUCGCCCUCGCCAACCACCUCAUCAAGGUCAAGCUGGAGGGGCACGAGCUGCCCGAGGAGCUGCCCAUGCACCUGCUGCCCCCCAGCAAGCGCAAGCUGGCGGUGGCCGAGUGAGCGGCACCGCACGUGCGAGAGCGGGCACCCGCGCGCGGUGCUGCUCGUCGUUAAGCGUCCCGCGUCGGAUGGGAGCCGGCGCCCACUUUUCAGUGCGGAGCUCCGUGCCUCCGAGGAGUUCUUCCACGGCUGGCUUUGCACACUGGGCUUUGCGCGGGGGCCACUUAACCGCACACGUGACUUUGUCUGCACGCGUGCGCGCGCACGUACGCACGCACGCACGCACACACAUGCACGCUUACGACGAUGGUAUGAAGAGCAGGCCGGGAAAAAGAACUCCAGCUCGCUCGCCGUGACCUGCUGGCUCGCGCGUGGUGGCGAGUUCACGCCCGUGUUCACACGCACGCGUUCACAUGCGCGUUCACGCGCACGCGUUCACAUGCACGCGUUCAUAUGCACGCGUUCACAUGCGCGUUCACAUGCGCACUUGUCAACGCGCGUGUGCCACGGGAGCACGCGAAUGCGCGAGCGUGUACACGCAGCCCGCGUGCGUGCUUGCUCGGGAACCUCCCUUCUGCCGACGCCGUCUAGCUGUUAAACGCGUCUUGUGUUCACCAAUGUAAAGUUUAACUCGUAACAUAACUUAAGCCGUCCCAUGUCGGCACACGUACAUAGAAAAAUAUUAAUGCUUUGGAAAGGAAUAUAUACAUUAUAUAAAAAACUAAACAAAGGGACACUUUCCAUAAAUUAAUUCAAUUUAAACACUGUUGAACAAAAAUGCAGAAGUUGUCGUGUGAGAACAUUUGCGUGCUUGUAAAAGUUUAUUAUAAAUGUUAGCCGUUAGCUUUUCAGCCAAAAAUACAAAAAAAUACUAAUGCAUUUUGCCCCUGGCUCUCACCGCACGCUCGCCCGUGAGAGACACAACGGGCACCGUUUCCGGUCGGGAGCGAGGGGAACGGGCGACCUUGUGGCGCACGGCCAUUGUGAAAAGGUCACCUCGAGGAACCCGGUUCCCCUGUCCGAGACUCGCGUCACUUAUAGACUGGGGGUAGGUGGUGUAAAACUGCCAGUAGCCACGCUCCGUAGCAGGAGGUAUACUGGAUGUGGUGUGUGCCGGGUGGCGAUCCGAGUUGCCGACCUGGGUAAAAUAAUAUUUUGACAAAUGUAGAAUUAAAGUUACGUAAAUGAAUGGGUGGCCAGCUGCCCGCAAGCCACUGUUGAGAUCCUGGGUUUGAAUCCAGGUUUCAGCUGCCCGCGAUGAAAUGAGAUUCUCAAAGCUUGCAGCAGCGAGUUUAUAUUCUCAGGCCCGGUCACCAAUGACAGGAGAGAUAAACAUUGCGUUCAAUGUGCAUCUGAGAAUUACCAAUGCUGGUUUAGAUUUUGAUGUGGCAUUGUGACAAUACACCGAUAGCACGAUCGAUCGCGAUAAAAAUGCGGGACGAGGACAUGAAAAUUAGAAGGCAAUAAAAACAGCACGACAAAACAGUGGCACGAGUAGGAGGCCAACAUUUAACAAAGAAACGCCUCCUUUUUUGGCGAUGAGAAGCGAGCGUUAACGAGCCUCAUUUCUACUCCUUGACAUCGCGAAGAGAGAGGGCCUUUAAUUUGUGUGCCAUGCCGUGGCUCACCUGGGCGGGUGGGACCGCACCUGGGAGGCGGCACUAGUCGUGCGUUAAUUUGCCUUUGUUUGGCACCACGAGCCGCGGGUGGGUUCGUUUAUAAACGGCGUGGCACGCGACACAGCGGUCGUGCAGCGGUCUCCGUUCAGGAGGCGAGCGAGGCCGCCGUGCCCUCCGACGCCCCAACUCCGACCCUCCAACUCCGACCCAGACGGUGUGCCCAGGAACCGGGGCGGUGUUUCCGAGCCUUAAUCCGCACUGUUCAUGCCUUGGUUACUCCAGCCGCGCUCUAUGGACGAGUGAACACUCUGGUGCCACCGCGACACUCGCAACUGGCUGUCUUGGCGUCCGCAUGCAUUUUACUCCACAGUGGUCUUUACCCGGCAGUUGCCGGUUGGAGCCAGUGUGUCACCACACCUGGCGGCAGUGAGCUGGAGUUUAUUUUUGGUUGGCGAUGACAGAUGAUGUUUGUGUACCCGGGAAAGCCCCGCCGCAUCUCGAGACUCGUUUUCUCAGCAGGAGGCGGUGUUGCCGUUUCCCCCAGCUGAGUAAAUCUGCAGGUGAAUUUCUUCCAAAUUUGGACCGCAACGCCGGCACAUGUGGCCUACGCUUUUUUGACAAACGGUCACGUAACAAAAAAAACUCUCGCGUCCACUGCGAAGCGCAAAGCCUGCGAAUUUUCCGGCAACCGCGGGCGGCCGCGGUCGCUGGAACGCGCUACCGCCUGGCCAUGUCGGUGUCGUGGUCUCCCGAGGUUCUCUGGGAGCGAGGGGUGCCUUCGCUGCCCGCCCUGGUGUUGUGUUGGCGGCGAUAGAGGGCGUCCUCCGGCAUAUUACCACCUGCCCGCCCGUCCGGCUGCUGCUGCCCGGCGCGCGCGGUGUGCGAGUGGCCGUCUGCAUUGGGAGGUGUUUGCUCAUCCAACCCCGCUCCUUUCCCCUCUGUCCUGCCGCGAGGUGUAUUGUUGACUGAUUUCUGUUGUUUCUUAGUGUUGUUUUUCUUGUUCAUGGCGUUACAGUAGAAGCUGAAUGUGUGUCUGCUCAGGCCCAUCCAGGGCUUCCUAAAGGCCCAUUGUGGGGCCCCCAUUUGUGUCAGUCCUGGAGCAAAUUGCCCCCCCCCCCACUCUGGGCGGCCCCUGUGCAAUUCUCUUGGGAGCAAGCACUCCUGUGCUGAUAUCCGAAGUAGUGUGCUUGUAUCAGAUGUUGCUCUGUGCCCCCUCCCCACCAGUGUGAGGAUUCGUUGCCUGCUUCAGACCUGUGCUUACACAAGGUGUAAUUAUGUCCAUCUUCUACUGUACUCUUAGCCAUGUCCAGUUGAUUCUUUCUCGUGAACUGAUUCGUGACGGCAGAGGUCAAGUUUCAUUAAAAAAAUAAACUGCGACGUCAUUCCCAGA